UUGUCAGAAAACUGCCACUUGGAUGAUGCCAAUGGUAUGUUGCACUAAAAGGGUAGCCUAAACUUUUUCCUUGCUGACAGCAACACUUCCUUGAUCUCAUUAAAUUAUUUCAGACUUCCCAGAUGUCCACCGACUUUCUCCAGAUUCAAUAAAAGAGCUCAACUCCUGUCUGUUACCUAAGAUUUUGCCAAGUGUAUGUCGUUUUGUCACUCUGUGAUUGAGGAAACUUAGAAGCCCUGUUGAGUCUUAACUUCUCUCCUCGCUUGAGUGUUCGCAGAAUCAGAAAAGGCUCUCUGUUUUUCAGCAGUUUAUUUUGGAAAGAGUCUCUGUUUGAGCUACUCUACCACUGUGCGAGAAAGGUAUUAGUAACACGUACGAGACGAGCCUUAUUCUUAAGCUCUUUUAGGGGUUUCGGUUUCUGGGUCUUAGGAUAUGUGAAAAUGGUGAUAUUUAGCAUGAAUUCAAAGAGGAUAAGAAGACCAAAUGUUAGGUUAUGGGAAAUAGGUGAUCUACCUGCAGCCUUCGCACGUGCGAGUUAUCAUAGAAGUGGUGCAAGUUUAGGGCAGAAGAGAUGGAAAAGAAAGUUUUCUGAAGUUGGGGAGUCAGAAUACCUCCAGGUUUCUACUGAAAAACAACCUGAGCAUACAAUCUUGGAUCCUAGUGUUUCUCCAAGGAUUAUCAAUGAUAUCCAACAUAACAGAGAGAACAAGGACCCUAACUCUUUAAAAGUAGCAUCUGAAUUUGUCAAUUCAGAUGAAAGAAAUAUGACCAAUUGUAAUCUGGAUUUUGGAACCAUAACUCGGAGGUCUAGGCUCAUGAAGCGAAGAAAACGGAACCCUAAUAGCACUUCUAGUCUAUUUGGUGAUCCUUGGAACUCAAAAACUGGUGGGCAGAAAACUGUUCAAGAUGAGAAAGGUUAUGGGUGGAAUCAAAAUGUUGCAUGCACAUCAGCUGCUGAUUUGGACAUCUUUCCUGUUAAUGGCUUUAAGGAUUCUUCGCAGAAUGAAACAUCAGCAAUGAGCAAAGAAGCUUGGGAGAACGAGAUUGAUGACCUGAAUAGUAGGGGGAUGCUGCAGAAGCCCAGAGGCUUCUCGAUUGAGGGUGCUUGCUAUGAAGAGAAUGCAACCUUUCUGCAAUUUGCGAGAGGACACAAUGAUAAAGAAUCCAGUGGUUGUGAUGUAAAUGGUGUCAGCCAAUGGCUGGAAGAGCUUGGUCUUGGUAAGUUUGCUGAAUUGUUUGAAAUGCAUGAAGUUGAUGAAGAAACUCUGCCUUUUCUUACUUUUGAAGAUUUGAAAGACAUGGGAAUUGUUUCUGUUGGGCCUCGUCGGAAGUUGUUUAAUGCAAUUCAGCAGCUAAAAGGAGGCAGGCAUGUUGGUGUUUGCAUAAAGCUCAUGAGUUUCAAAAUCAAAGGUAAUAUGAGUUGUCCUUUUGAUGUUUGUUGGCAUCAUCUUAUUGUGGUUAUGGUUGGAAGGACAUCCAGUUUCAUGUUUGGCAUGCUAGUUUUCAGGAAGUUAUGGGGUUAUACAGCCUAAGGGAGUGCUCAAUGUCA